UUGGAUUCAGUUUCGCUUGUGACAGCUUUGUGCGGAGUUGCGUGUUUAGCUAUAAAAAAAAAAAGAAUAUCCUCCGAUCAAAAUGUGGAAGAAAGUGAUUUUCUGUGUGGUUCUUGUGGCCUUUUUGGGCAUCCAGUUUGCCGACUCGCUAACCUGCUCGAAAUGUACAACGCCGAGUGGAUGCAAAAGUCCCUCGUCCGAAACCUGCUCGAAUUCGACAGCCAAUUCCAACAAGGCCUUUUUGGAAACGUUCCACAACAAUGUGCCCGCCGUUAAUGGCAGUUUUAAUUUCUCCUGUGCCAAUCUCACCUACUACCAUGCAGCAAACAAUUCCCAUGCAUCUGAGUUCCUGGGCUGUGUCUUCAAUGAGACCAACGUCUGCGGUCUUACUUUGACCAGCUCCACGACUGGAUGGUCGAAGAAGUGCCUCACAUGCGGCACAGAUUACUGCAACCCGGCGGGAACUUUCAGCGGUAGUGCCUAUACCAUCGUAGGUUCCGCGAUUGCACUGCUUUUGGCCAAGGUCCUGAGCUAAACCCAUCAUCUAACUGAGGACCUACGCAGUAUU